AUGAGAAGGAACUCCAUGUAUAUACAAAUACCCAGGGACCCGAGAACAGACAGAACCUCGUUUAUAGUAUCGAUGCCUGAGCAGAUGAAAGGGAAGAUCGAAAGCCAGAAGUGGGAGGAGAUAGUAUCUGGGCUGAACAAUAUAUUCUACGAACUUGAGUCUCCAUCCUUGAUGUCUUUUAUCAAAACCGUGUUUAUUAUUCCAUUUCUGGUAGGGAGUCCAAAAAAUGUCUUCGUAAGGGUUGAGGAAUAUCUAUCGGAUGCAAACAAGCUUUUGGGGAAGCACGGACUCCGCAUAGUCCAUCCGGGGAAUCACCAGUAUGUUGAGCUUGAGGUGGAGAUCUAUCAAGAUUGA